CGGGAGGCGGCGGCGGAAGCAGCGAGGGCGGCGGGCGUCCGGCUCUAAGGCGGCGGCGCGGCGGCUCCGGACUGGGCUCGGCGGGGAGCGCGCGAGGGUCGGCGGUGCCGGGACGAGCGCCCAUCCCCCGGCUCGACCGCCCGCCCGCCGGCCGGACGCCUGCACCGCCGAGGGGGCGUCCCGGCUCGGACCCCGGCGCCCGGCCCGGAGCCGUAACCUUGAGGAGGCGGCGGGGCCGGGCCGGGCCGGGUCGGGGGGCGGCGGCGCUGGAGUCGCGGCGGCCCGAGCGUUGGCGGGAGAUGUCGAACCCCGGGACGCGCAGGAACGGCUCCAGCAUUAAGAUCCGACUGACAGAGCAGGAACCAGGUUCUCCAACAUUCUUCCAAAGAUGUCCUUCCCUCCCUCCUCCUCUCUUGCUCUUUAACACAGAUUGGUAGCACACUGUGCACAGCUGCAUACCCUGCGCUCUCUCCUGACAGAGACAGGGUGCUCUGCUUCUGUGUCUCCAGAGCUGCUUGAAGAUGUCCAUGUACCCUUCAGCGUCUCCCAUCCACCGGACACCUAGAAUACUAUUUUUUAUACUGCACCAAAGAAUAAACCCAGGGACUCAAGUAUGCCGGAUGCCAGCCCUGGUGUUGCCACCUUCUGUCCGUGGGGAGGACCAGAAGUACUGUGUGCCAAGAACCUUGCAAAGAAAGACUUCUUCAGGCUCCCGGACCCCUUUGCCAAGAUUGUUGUGGACGGAUCUGGGCAGUGCCACUCGACAGACACUGUGAAGAACACGCUAGACCCAAAGUGGAACCAGCACUAUGAUCUAUACGUUGGGAAAACAGAUUCUAUAACCAUCAGUGUGUGGAACCACAAGAAGAUCCACAAGAAGCAGGGAGCUGGCUUCCUGGGCUGUGUGCGGCUGCUUUCCAAUGCUAUUAGCAGACUCAAAGACACCGGAUACCAGCGUCUGGAUCUAUGCAAACUAAACCCCUCAGAUACCGAUGCAGUUCGUGGCCAAAUAGUGGUCAGUCUACAGACACGAGACAGAAUCGGCACUGGAGGCUCUGUGGUAGACUGUAGAGGACUCUUAGAAAAUGAAGGAUCUGUGUAUGAAGACUCGGGGCCUGGCCGGCCACUCAGCUGCUUCAUGGAGGAGCCGGCUCCUUACACGGACGGGCCUGGGGCUGCUGCGGGUGGAGGCAACUGCAGGUUUGUGGAGUCCCCGGGUCAAGACCAGAGGCUUCAGACCCAGCGGCUGCGGAACCCUGACGUGCGGGGGUCACUGCAGACUCCUCAGAACCGACCCCACGGCCACCAGUCUCCAGAGCUGCCUGAAGGCUAUGAACAAAGAACAACAGUGCAGGGGCAGGUUUACUUUCUGCACACCCAGACCGGAGUUAGCACGUGGCACGACCCCAGGAUACCAAGAGACCUUAACAGUGUGAACUGUGAUGAACUCGGACCACUGCCACCAGGAUGGGAAGUCAGAAGUACAGUUUCCGGAAGAAUCUAUUUUGUAGAUCAUAACAACCGAACCACCCAGUUUACAGACCCAAGGUUACACCACAUCAUGAAUCACCAGUGCCAACUCAAGGAGCCCAGCCAGCCCAUGACACUGCCCAGUGAGGGCUCCGUGGAGGAUGAGGAGCUUCCAGCCCAGAGAUACGAGAGAGAUCUAGUCCAGAAACUGAAGGUCCUCAGACACGAACUGUCCCUUCAGCAGCCUCAGGCUGGCCAUUGCCGUAUUGAAGUCUCCAGAGAAGAAAUCUUCGAGGAGUCUUAUCGCCAGAUAAUGAAGAUGCGACCAAAAGACCUGAAAAAACGUCUGAUGGUAAAGUUCCGUGGAGAAGAAGGGUUGGACUAUGGUGGAGUGGCGAGGGAGUGGCUUUAUUUAUUGUGUCAUGAAAUGCUGAAUCCAUAUUAUGGACUCUUCCAAUAUUCUACAGACAAUAUUUACAUGUUACAAAUCAACCCGGAUUCUUCCAUCAACCCUGACCAUCUGUCUUACUUCCAUUUCGUGGGUCGGGUCAUGGGCCUGGCUGUUUUCCAUGGACACUACAUCAAUGGGGGGUUCACUGUCCCCUUCUAUAAGCAGCUGCUGGGGAAGCCCAUCCAACUCUCAGAUUUGGAGUCAGUGGACCCGGAACUACAUAAGAGCUUAGUGUGGAUUCUAGAGAACGAUAUCACCCCCGUGCUGGACCACACGUUCUGUGUAGAACACAAUGCUUUUGGGAGGAUUCUGCAGCAUGAACUGAAACCCAAUGGCAGAAACGUCCCUGUCACUGAGGACAACAAGAAGGAAUAUGUCCGGUUAUAUGUGAACUGGAGAUUUAUGAGGGGAAUUGAAGCCCAGUUCUUAGCUCUUCAGAAAGGGUUUAAUGAACUGAUUCCUCAACAUCUACUGAAACCCUUUGACCAGAAGGAACUCGAGCUAAUCAUAGGUGGCCUGGAUAAGAUCGACCUCAACGACUGGAAGUCUAACACUCGGCUGAAGCACUGUGUGGCUGAUAGCAACAUUGUGCGGUGGUUCUGGCAGGCGGUGGAGACCUUUGACGAGGAGCGCAGGGCCCGGCUGCUGCAGUUUGUGACAGGGUCCACACGGGUCCCGCUGCAGGGCUUCAAGGCUUUACAAGGCUCUACAGGCGCUGCAGGGCCCCGGCUGUUCACCAUCCACCUGAUCGAUGCCAACACAGACAACCUCCCGAAGGCCCACACCUGCUUUAACCGGAUCGACAUUCCGCCCUACGAGUCCUAUGAGAAGCUCUAUGAGAAGCUGCUGACGGCGGUGGAGGAGACCUGUGGCUUUGCUGUGGAGUGAGGGCGUUCGGCGACUCCGGAGUCUGGCUCACGACCACACACCCAAAGCGCAGGCCGUGUGCCUGCGAGCGGCUGAGGCAACUGAGGCGGUUCCCCCCUCCUGGGGGCGAGGGGGCAGGGACUGCAGUCGGUGGCUCCCACCCAUUUCCCUCUUUUUUCACAGUGCUCCCCUUCCAUCACCCAUCCAAUAAAAUGCAGCCAGGCUUUGGUGGCACAGGAAGCAGCUGUCAUGGGACUGGUGGCCCCACAGAGACCGUGCCCACGGGAACUGGGGCGUUGCUUUUCAGGGUAUCCUAGCUGAAAGAUUGUCUUGCAGAGAGGAAACUCCUUAUCUAUCUAGUUCUGAGAACAGACCAAAGUUGGCCUCGGAUCCGGUCUGUGGCCCUCUGACUGGGAAACGCUGCGAGCUAAACUCACAAAAGUGCAGUCGGAACUGUGGUGGGGGCCGGGCGCCCCUCCCACCUCCGUGCCAGGUGGUGACGCGAGCAGCUGCUACUCGGCUCAGCACCCCCACUGUCUCCGUGUGACGGCAAGGCCCAGGCAGCCGAGACCGCAAGUCCCUCACACCACUUCCAGUUUGCACAAGACUCCAAACAGCAUUUUUAACAAGACGGCUUGAUUUCAGGUAGCUGUACUGCACUGAGAAACAGCAACGAAUCUUUGUGUAUGCAUUUUAUUGUUUUCGUUUGCGGGUAAGUGCAGGGUAAUUCAUUAGCGAGACAUUUCACUGGUGAGGUUUUGGUGUUGGGUCAGGUGGGUUCGGGAUGACUGUUUCAUGUGUCCUUUCUGUUACUAAUAUCUUCAGAUCGUGGGGGGUUUGGGGUUACUUACUUUCCUGCUGGCUGUGGUUCCUUGCUCUCACUCCGGUGUCUUAGCUGAGCAGCAGGCGGGGUGUUCUGGGAGAGAUUCCCUGUAAUCCAUUCAUGAAGUCUGGCCUGGCCGCCUCGGGGAUCCACCUCUAGCGGGGGCCCGUCUGCAGAACUAGAGCAAGAGGGUUAAGACACUUUGACUGCUUUCCAGCCGCCUUUCGGGGGGACGGAGCCUGCCUUAAUGGGGGCUAUUCCAGUGGCAGGUGUCCCCAGUGCCUGCACAGCCAGAGCCUUCAAACGCCACCCCAAGGACAGAGUGGUGACGCUCCUGCCGGCCCUCCGCAGGAAGUGAGGGGCAGCCCCCAAAGACAGUAAGGACUUCCCAAACUUGUUCAGUUUGUUUCUCAACCACUUUAUAAUGUAUUUUUUAAUUUAUUUUGUAACGUCUUGUUUUAAGUGUUGCUGCUAUCCUUGCUAUUCUUCCCACUGUUUUUAUUACUGAUUUAUUUUGUGGAAGUUGUACACUAAUGUUCUGUUUUAUGUCAAAAUCAGAAGUAUUUAAAGAGAUACUAGUUCUAUUUAAUGUGGUUAUGGAACCAGCACGUGAUUGUACAGCACGCCGUGAUUGUACAGCAGGCUGGACCCGGGAGGUCAGGAUCGUUUUGUUACACAUGCAAUAAACUCACGACUUUACAGUU